GUGAUCACAAUUUUUUUGCUGUAUUUAUGAUAGGGAGUAGGAUAAGCUCGCAUUUCUUUGUCUGAAAAUUUUAUGGAGAUUUUGUGUUAAACAAGCCCGUGUGUUGGUGUUCUUGAUGGUGUCCGGUGACGAUUCAAAUGGUGGCCGUUUGUCGCGUAAAACUACGAGGUCCCCGAACCGUAAGUCGAAGAAGACAGAUGCAGACCUAGCCAAGGGGUCAGCGUUGCGACAUGAUUCGCAACCUUCAGUCCAUAAAAGGAAUCUUUAUGUCGUUUCUUUCCCAAUCAUUAUUUUAUUUAACGUGCUAAGAUCAAUUUUGUAUCAACUUUUUAUAAUUUUUAAAUAUUUGUAUACGGCGUCGCAUCGGUUUAUGCACAAGCCUCGUAAGGCAGGCGAGUGUAACUUGGAAGUGGUGGUGAAGGACGGUAUAGUGUCUACAGAGCUAGCCCCCAGUGAAGAAAUGUCUCACAUACACAAUGUGGGUCCAGGAGACCCGUUGCUGGCCAAACAGAAACACCAUCACCGGAAAGCUUUUGAAUAUAUCUCUAAAGCUUUAAAAAUUGAUGAAGAAAAUGAGGGACAAAAAGAAUUAGCAAUAGAGCUUUACAAAAAAGGCAUUUAUGAGUUGGAACGAGGGAUCGCCGUGGACUGCUGGGGCGGCCGCGGCGACGCCUGGCAGAGAGCACAACGACUUCACGACAAAAUGAAAACUAAUCUAGGCAUGGCCAAGGACCGACUCCACUUCCUUGCCAACCUAGUCGCCCUCAGUAAGUUGGGCGUAGAGAGUGAGCCCGAACGGAGUGACAAAAAGCCGACGGAGUCGCCCCUAAAGGCGCGACGGCUUGAGAAGUCGAAGACAACGUUACUCGCGCAUACAGAAAGUAACAGUGGUCAAACGAAGCCUCCGAACGAAGUCGCAGGUCGAAAGCUCACGACGGCUGGUCGUCGUGUGCCAAGUGGGGGUGGUGGGGGGCCAUUAAUGAAGUCACAGACCCUGCCCCGUUCUAUGGGCAGGUCAUCGUCACAACCCAACAGCUCAAAUGGAAGUUACAGCAGAUACCCAGUGAAACCAGCGUCCACGCCGCCAGCUGUCAAACGACAGCUUUCUGUACCUUCGAACGGGUCUCCAGUCCGUCGCGUGGUGGGAGGCGGCUCCCAACGAGGGACCCCCACAAGGAGCAGAACACCCCAACCAGCGCUCAGCGUCAGGGGAGUUGACCCCAAACUCGUCCAGCUUAUUCUGGACGAAAUCGUCGAAGGGGGUCCCAAAGUUCACUGGGAGGAUAUCGCAGGACAAGAUGCCGCUAAGCAGGCAUUACAGGAGAUGGUAGUGCUGCCCUCUUUGAGGCCGGAGCUCUUCACGGGACUGAGGUCGCCUGCGAGAGGACUCUUGCUGUUUGGACCACCAGGAAACGGUAAAACGCUGCUAGCACGAUGUGUAGCGGCGGAAUGCUCGGCGACUUUCUUCUCAAUAUCCGCGGCGACGCUGACCAGCAAGUACGUCGGUGAGGGGGAGAAGAUGGUGCGAGCGCUCUUCCAGGUCGCUAGGGAACUGCAGCCCUCGAUAAUCUUCGUAGAUGAAGUAGACUCGCUUCUAUGCGAGAGAUCGUCGGGCGAGCACGAAGCGUCUCGGCGACUAAAAACAGAGUUCCUGGUCGAGUUCGACGGACUACCGGCCGCGGGAGCUGAUAGGCUCAUUGUGAUGGCCGCCACCAAUAGGCCGCAAGAACUCGAUGAGGCUGCGUUAAGACGUUUUCCAAAACGUGUGUACGUGUGUCUACCGGACGUGCGCACACGCAUGGCGUUAAUACGGCGCGUGUUGGCGCGGGGGGCGGCGGCCGCGUCCAUCAGUGACGAGGAACUGGCGCGGCUGGCGGCCCUCACUGACGGGUACUCCGGCAGCGAUCUCACUGCACUCUGCCGAGAUGCCGCCUUAGGGCCCAUUAGAGAACUGGACCCUGAAGAAGUGAAGUGCCUGGACCUGUCGCUGGUCCGCAGCAUCAUGUUCCAGGACUUCAUGGACGCGCUGAAGAGGAUCAGACCGUCAGUGUCGCCGCACAGCCUCGUCGCGUACGAGAAGUGGUCGGUCCAGUAUGGGGACCUCGGACUGUGAAGCGCUUUUAAUACAGGUAUCAGGUAUUUACUCGAAGUAAUGGUGAGUCAUUAAAUUAAGGAAUAUAGACAAUAGAGUACGAUGUUGAUUUACAAUAAUUGAUAAUAUUUAUCAUGCAAGUAUUCAUCGCUCAAAUUUUUAUACAUAAUAUUAUGUUUAAUUUUUUAACCUGCCUCGGUGCAUCUGUGUAACACUCCACUAUAUACUGGAUCUCCCAAAAACCCACAUUCCCUGGGUGUCACCGAGGCAUAAUGCCAAUUAAUUAAUUUACUCUAAAAUUGACGUUUUAACAAAUACAAUUCCUUUUUCUUUUUAAUACAAAAUGAAGUCUCGUCUAGUCAAAAUUUAGUUGACUGUUCACGCAUGAUGUAUGUAGUGCAGACGCUUGAAGCAACCCCAAACGGUUGAGUUUCUUUUUUUAUGAGAUUAGUAACUUUCUAAAAGAUAUUUGACAACUUAGGGUUGCUCGUGUCUGUAUAGUCCAAUUCUAGUGAUGCCCAGUCGAUAGUACAUUCGUAUCGAUAUCUGCCCUAAUCGAUUUUAUAUGUAACAUAAAACUUGCCAUGCAAAAUGUCAAUGUUGAUGCUUUUAGUAUUCUAUAUUUUUUAAUAGAAAUAAUUAUUUUUAAUUCAGUCUCUAAGCGAUUCAAUAAAUUGUCGUUUUAUGCUUUAUAAAUAAUAACGGAACAUUUUUUACAGAGAGUCUAAAUUAAAAAUAAUUAUGAAACCAAAAUGUCCAAAAUCCACUAAGUAAUCCUUAACGGGUGAUGCCAAAUAAUAUAACUCGAAUCAUUAAAGAAGUAGUUUCCGAUGUAUCAAGUCUUAAAACAACGCUUUCGCUCCAAAGACUUCUCUAUUGAGUCGGGUUAUAUGAGCCCUCCUAGUACCCGUCCAGUCAAAAGGAACGUUGUAAAAUAGCCUCUAUGUCGAGCUGUGAGAGUAGAUUUUUUAUUGUCAUGCUUCCUUUUGGCUUGUUCGGAUUCUUUUUACCUUUUGUGGAAACUUGCCAUUGUCAAUUUGAUGGAAAUUUUUAUUUACUAAUCACAUGGAUGUACAAAUUACCAUAUUUAUCACGAUGAACCUAUUUGUUUUGUUGUAGUUAUAAAUACUCCACUAUGCACCUUAUCUCCUGGUACAUCAUAUAUAAAAUAUUGAAUAAUGAACUCUAUAGUUCAAAUAAUAAUGAAUAUAAUAUAAAAUCCAAGUUAUUCCUUAAUAGAAUUUGUUACCAAUGAAAUAUACUUAGUCGGGUCAUAAGUUCUGUCAAAACCUUAUAUUUUUAAUUUUCGAUUACUGGCCAGAAAUUCUUCGACUUAUUUUAAAAAUAGAACUUUC